AUGAAGAUCCUCAUCCUUGCCUGCCUGGUGGCUCUUGCUCUUGCAAGGGAGAAGGAAGAGCUCAAUGUAUCCAGUGAGACUGGAGAAAGCCUUUCAAGCAAUGAGCCAGAUUCAAGCAGUGAGGAGAAACUUCAGAAGUUUAAACAUGAGGGACAGCAGCAAAGAGAGGUUGAACGCCAGGAUAAAAUCAGCCGCUUUGUCCAGCCACAGCCUGUAGUCUAUCCUUAUGCUGAGCCAGUCCCUUACGCUGUCGUUCCACAAAACAUCCUGCCUCUGGCUCAGCCUCCUAUAGUGCCUUUCCUUCAGCCCGAAAUAAUGGAAGUCUCCCAAGCUAAGGAGACCAUCCUUCCUAAGCGCAAAGUGAUGCCCUUCCUCAAAUCUCCAAUAGUGCCCUUUUCUGAACGCCAAAUCUUGAAUCCCACUAAUGGUGAAAAUCUGCGCCUUCCUGUGCAUCUGAUCCAGCCUUUCAUGCACCAGGUCCCCCAGUCUCUUCUUCAGACUCUGAUGCUUCCUUCUCAGCCUGUGCUAUCUCCUCCUCAGUCUAAAGUCGCACCUUUUCCUCAGCCUGUGGUGCCCUACCCUCAGAGAGAUACACCUGUCCAAGCUUUUCUGCUGUACCAGGACCCUCGACUUGGCCCCACUGGGGAGUUAGACCCUGCGACUCAACCAAUUGUCGCAGUUCACAACCCCGUUAUUGUCUAAGAAAAUUUCAAAGUUAAUGUUUUGUCCUCAUGUUUGAAUUGACUGCGACUGGAAAUGUGGCAUCUUUCCAAUCUGUGUAUCACUUAC